AUGGAAUACCGAACGUUAGUUAUCUUCUCUGGUCUCAUCUUUGCGUACUCCAACGUGAGCGGCGCCCUUGCAUCGCAUCCGGUGAACGGUGCUCUGGUGUUUGUGGUGGUUGGUGUUUGCCUCGGCCCGGUCGUGCUCGGCUGGCUCGACUUUUCUAUCGGCGACGAAGCGGUUCGCGAGGGGCUGAGCCUGGUUGCAGAGGUGACGCUCGCACUGGUUCUGUUCAGCGACGCAGCGAGCGCCAACCUACUCGUGCUCCGCCAUUCGUACAGGCUGCCUGUCCGGCUGCUUUUGGUAGGGCUUCCGCUCACAAUCAUCCUCGGAGCAGGAGUCGGUUACCUCCUAUUUGGUGACACUCUCUCGCCGCUGGAGGUUUUCGUCCUGGCAACCAUGCUUGCGCCCACCGAUGCUGCACUGGGGAAGGCAGUGGUCACUGACAGCCGCGUGCCAUCCUACAUUCGAGAGGCGCUCAACCUCGAGAGCGGCUUGAAUGACGGGAUAUGCGUGCCGGUGCUCUUCAUCUUCCUCGCGCUCGUCAGCCCGGAGCGUGAGGAGCACGGCCGCCCUGCGGACCUCGCCCUGCGGCUGACUGCGGAGGCGAUUGGUAUCGGCGCUGUCGUCGCCGUGGCCAUCACCGGGCCCGCCGUCUGGCUCUUCGAGCGGUGUGAAUCGCGGCAGUGGGUCGGGGAGAGCUGGGAGGAGGCCGCGGUGCCGUCGUUGGCGGUAGCUUGCUUUGCCAGCGCUCAGUGGUUUGGAGGGAGCGGCUUCAUCUCGUGCUUCAUCGGCGGAUUGUUGUUUGGUCGGCUCAUCCCUCUGCCCGAGCACAAGGCACGGCUUCUCGAGGCAGCGGAGAGCGCAGGCGACGUCUUGGCCCUCGUGACAUGGGUCCUUUUCGGCGCGGUGCUCAUUGACGACAGCAUGGCAGAGGUCACCUCGUGGCAAGUCGUUGCCUACGCUCUGCUCAGCCUGACCGUUGUGCGUAUCUUGCCUGUCGUUGUCGCUCUCUCGGGGACACGGCUGAAGACUAACGAGAAGAUAUUCAUUGGCUGGUUCGGCCCCCGCGGGCUUGCAAGCGUUGUCUUUACCAUCCUCGUGAUGGACGAGAGGGACCUACCAGGAGGCAAAACUAUUGUGGUUGCUGUUGCAUGCUCUGUGCUCUUGCACGGAAUGAGUGCCAAUCCCCUCGUCGCUGCGCUCGAGGCGAGUCUCCGGGACAAGCACCAGCGGGGCGUUGCCGGCGCAAAAACCGACGCAGGACCAGUAGCUAGCCCAGAGGCGCGCCCCAGGCCGUACUCCUACUCACUGCAGGAUGCACGCCUCUCGAGUGGGAAGAGUAGCAUGCGAUGA